GGGCUGGUUCACCACACGACAAUGAUUAAACACUUUAGUGUGUUGGCGAUCAGAGCAAAUCCCUUUGUGUGUGUCUUCCAUCGUUCGUUCGUUCAUUCAUUCAUUCAUCGGAGUAACAGGUUUCUGCUCUGUCGCUUUGCCUCAAUUACGUCACUCCCAUUUCCAACUUUUUCUUUCUUUUUUCUCCCCUCUAUUUGUUUUCUUUCAUUCCAAGUCUUUAUUGAUACGGAUUUGCCGGAAAUAUUUAUACCUCUACCUUCUCCUCGUAUCCCGGCUUUUUCCUACUAAACUAAUCACUCCAACUUUUUCCUACUAAAGCCCUUUCCUUUCACUUUUUCAUUAUUGCAAUUCCGUGUCCUUACUCACGACAAGGGUCUCUUUCAAUUCUCUCUCACUUCUCUUCCUUUAUAUUCAACACACCAUAUCAUACUUUUCCCAAUUUCUGAAAAAAAAAAAAAAAAACAUGGUACCUGAGAAGAAGAAGAAUAAUGAGUGGGAGGCACUGAUUCCGGGGUUACCAGACGAAAUUGCAGAGCUUUGUUUACUUCAUGUUCCGUAUCCAUAUCAGGGUUCGAUGCGCUCUGUUUCCUCUUCGUGGAACAGAGCCAUAACACACCCUUCCUUUCUACUUUCCAAGAAAACCCUCUCUCGACCUUAUCUCUUCGUCUUCGCAUUUAAUAGACAAACCGCACGGAUUCAAUGGCAGGCUCUCGACCCUUCAUCGAACCGUUGGUUCCUGCUGCCACCCAUGCCGCUGCCGGACGCGGUUUACCCCACCGCGUUCGCCAUCGCCUCGCUGCCGCGUCAGGGGAAGCUCUUCGUCAUCGGUGGCAUGCGCUCCGACACCGAGUCCCCAAUGCGGACGACCCUCGUUUACCAAACCACAACAAACCAAUGGUCGCCGGCAUCCCCCAUGCCGGCGGGGAGAUCUUUCUUCGCGGCGGAGGCAGUGAACGGAAGGAUCGUGACCGUCGGGGGGAGCGGAACUGAAAUCUACGAUCCGGAUGAAGACACGUGGACGACGGGUGCGGGGCUGGGGACUGAGCUGGAAAAGUACGAGGCGGUUACGGUUGGGGGAAGGGUUUACGUAACGGAAGGGUGGUGGUGGCCGUUUAUGUUUCGGCCGAGGGGUUGGGCGUACGAGGCGGAGAAGGACACGUGGCGAGAGAUGGGGGAGGGGAUGAGGGAUGGAUGGACGGGUGUUAGCGUGGCGGUUGCGGGGAGGGUUUUCGUGAUAGCGGAAUACGGGGACUGGCCGGUGAAGAUGUACGAUGAGGAAUGCGACACGUGGCGGUGUGUGGGAGGUGAUAGAUUUCCGAGGGAAGUGAUGCAGAGGCCGUUUGCUGCGAAGGGGUUGGAUGGAAGCAUUUACGUGGUGUCGUUGGGUUUGAAUGUGGCCAUUGGGAGUGUCGUCGUUUACGAUGGCAGUGAGGGAGUUGGAGUGAAGCUUACGUGGCAGGUGGUGGAGGCACCACAAGGUUUCCGUGAUUUCUCACCUUGUAAUUGCCAGGUGCUCUAUGCUUGAAGCCUUGAACACCUAUUGGCCAGGGUGGACAUGUUUUUCUUCCUUUCUUAUUCUCUCUCUUUGUUUGUUUGUUUUAUUAGGCGGGAUUGGGAACUUUUUAUUUUAUUUUAAUGUUGAAUCUGAUUCGGCAUGCUGGGGAUGGAAAUAGAAACACACCUUGCCUAUGAUUGAAAACGAUAUUCGCAGGCCUAAUGGCCAAUACAUAUUCUUGCUUGCUGGAUUGCAAAUUAUAGCUUGCAGCUUCAUCAUGGAAUGCAUGUUCUCUACAGUCCAACUAUAAUUAUUUAAAUCAAGUAUUAAACAAACAAAGAGGAAGAGAAAGAUGAAUAGUGGGAUUUGAUUUUACUUUCUUUUUUUU